AUAAUAUCAGCUAUAAGAAAAAUAAAAAUGUUCACAAUCAGAGUGUUGCAUGGACGGCAUUUUUCGCAAACCAAAGAGAUAAUAUUUGGAGGUGUGGCCAUAAAUAUGUGCCAAUUAUUAUAAAUCUAUAUUUAAAACAUUGUCGGAAUUUUGUGAUUUUUAAAAAAACAAAUCGGUUUAGCAUAUGAAAAUAGGAUUAAAACAAGCUUUUUUUCUAUCUAAUAACCACAAGGUCGUUAAGUAGGUUCAACUGAUUUGACAGAUAAAUAAUUUAAGGUUGAAAUUUUUAACAGAGAUAAUAUUUUUCUAUCACAGCGCAUCCUUGUGUCUUCUUUUGGUCAUGAAGGACAGUGUGACAAAAUCAUAUACAUUGUAUUCAACAUAUUUAUUUCAUCAAAUUGGAAUAUACCAUCUGGACAGAGUUUUUGAAUAUUAAAUGAAAGUAAAUUUUCUCACGGGACUUCAAAUAAUACCGUUAUGGAAUAAUUUUGCAUAGUGAACGAAUGUGUUUGAGCAUUCAUGGUUCAAAUAAAGAACAACAAAGAAUAUAACGAAAUAUUGUGUACCUUAUUGGCUGGUUAAUUUCUUUCUUUAAUUAAGAAAAGAGAAAAUGGCGGAAGAGGAGAUUCAAAAUGAGGUUGAAACGGUGCAGUCCGGUGGUGGCCUCUUUUAUAAGUUCGUUUUGUCAGGAAUGUCGGCAAUGGCUGCAGAAUCUGUCACUUAUCCGUUAGAUCUGACUCGAACCAGGCUCCAGAUACAAGGCGAGGGUAGCUCAGUCGGCUCCACAUUGACACAUUCGAAGAGAGGCAUGCUAAAAAUCAUGCACGGAGUUGUGACAGAAGAGGGGUUCUUCAAACUUUGGCAAGGAAUCUCUCCGGCAUUAUAUCGGCAAAUUAUAUAUUCCGGUUCAAGAAUGAUCAUAUACGAGGCUCUCAGGGAUCACGUGUUUAAAAAGAAUGAGGAUGGAACGUUUCCGCUAUGGAAGUCAGUAAUUGUGAGUGCAACAUGCGGCGCAUGCGGACAACUCAUUGCUAGCCCAACAGAUCUUGUCAAAAUCCAGAUGCAGAUGGAGGGACGGAGGCGGCUGGAGGGAAAACCAGUGAGAGUAAAGAACUGUUCGCAAGCUUUUCGUUCAAUUUAUAAAGAAUCCGGUAUAGGUGGUCUUUGGCGAGGGUGGAUACCGAACUGCCAGCGGGCCGUUCUCUGUAACGUUGGAGAUCUUGUGACCUACGACACCGUAAAACGCCAACUAUUAACCAAAACAACAUUACCUGAUAAUUAUAUAGUGCAUGUGAUAUCAAGCGCAUGCGCAGGGCUAAUGGCGGCAAUUAUGUCCGUGCCAGCAGAUGUUGUUAAGACCAGAGUUAUGAAUCAGCCAACAGAAAAUGGAAAGCCGUUGUUAUACAAAGGCUCUAUAGAUUGUGCUGUUAAAACGUUCACACAAGAGGGGUUCUUUGCCCUAUAUAAAGGCUUCUUUCCAACAUACUGCAGAUUUGCUCCUUGGUCAAUGACAUUUUGGGUUGUGUAUGAACAAUUACGCAAACAUUCUGGGCACGCAUCGUUUUAAAUAUACCUGGAGUUAUAAUUUAUUACAUAAUAACAACAUACAUGUCAUGGUGAUGAUGUUAGUAAAUAUUCCUUCUCAAAGCGUCGGCUUGAAAUCAAUAAAUCGGAGUCAUUGUGUCAUUUGAUUGAUCUGUAAAAACGUGUUCUAUAGGUGCAAAUUCUGUGCGUUAAUUAUAUUUACAAUUCGCAACUUGGCUGACUGGCUAUCCAAU